AAGCAGACUUAGAAUGAUCUAAUACACUUCCGGUUGGGAGAAGUUAGUUUUCAACACAAUCACAACAUAUGGAAAGAUGUCGUCCUUCUCAGAUAGCAGCCUCUCCAAGAAAUUAAACGAACUUAAUAACACUCAACAGAGCAUCCAGACAUUGUCAUUGUGGCUGAUUCACCACAGGAAGCAUUCAAAAACCAUUGUGCAAGUAUGGCAGAGAGAAAUGCAGAAAGUUAAAUCCAGUGUACGACUGACCUUUAUGUACCUGGCCAAUGAUGUCAUACAGAACAGUAAGAAGAAAGGACCUGAACUGACCAGGGACUUCGCUACAGUGUUACCCGAGGCCUAUGCAGUAGCAUCAAAAGAUGCUGAUGAUAAGACUAAGAAGUCAUUAGAAAGAAUUUUAACCAUUUGGCAAGAAAGAGGAGUAUACGACAAAACCUUUGUGACCAAAAUAAAACAAGACACAGAUUUGGGAAAGAAUGAUUCUAAACCAGCUGAAAAGACGAAAAAGAAGGUGGAUGAAUAUGUUGCUACAAAACCUAAACAUCACAAGUCUAAGAGUAAACACCGCGAUCGUGAGCCAGCUGUCAAGCCCGUGGCAGAACCAGUGACACCUGUUGCUGUCGUACCGGCUAAGAAGAAAAAGAAAGAAGAUGAUCUGAGUCUAAUAGAGGAGAUAGAAUCCAUGCCUAAUGAUCCCACAAGUAAUACUGGUGAUUCGGAGGCAUUGGUCAAGAGGCUGGCCGACCUAGAGCACUCUGCAUCUAGUGAUGCUGCAGUACGAGAGAAGAUAGCCGCACUACCACCAGAGGUGUCCGAUAUACAGCACCUGUCUAAGGUUCAAGAUAAAGAAGCUGCAGUGAAACUAGCUAGUCAGGUAGAGGAGGCCUGUAUUCUCCUGUCCGAGUACAACUUCAGACUUAAUGCUGAGCUGGAGGAGAGGAAAGCGGUGGGCAAGAUGCUACGAGACUUUAUAGUGUGUCAGAGGGAACAGCUCACAGAAGCUGAAAAUAAGGUAGAGGAUUACAAAUCACGACUAGAGAAAGUGACGAAUGUACGAUUAGAGCUCUCCUCACACAUACAAAACCUACCAGAUCUUACCUUAUUGCCUGAUGUCACUGGAGGGUUAGCUCCUCUUCCCUCAGCCGGAGAUCUCUUUUCACUGGAUCAAAGACAUUGAUACAGGGCCAUUCCAGGGGGUUUGUAAGGAUACGAUUCUGUAUGGAUGAGCAGAUGUGUGAUUGCGUGGACUUUUGGAUGGAGCGAGGAUGUUUUAUGACCAGGCACUUCUGGAUACAAUUAGGGCCGACGUAUGAUGUCUGGGCAAAUCUGGAUAAAGUGAGGGCAAGUGAUGUCUGGGCAAUUCUGGAUGACGGGAGGGCAAGUGAUGUCUGGGCAAUUCUGGAUGACAGGAGGGCAAGUGAUGACCGUAUACUUUUUUGUAUCCAGCAACAAGUGCUAACAGUCUUGGCAAUGCAUUGAAAAACUGAAACAACACAAUGCUGAAUUCCAAGUAUUUGAAAAUGAACACUGUACAUGUACAUAUGAAGGAACAUGCUUCUGCUGGAUUGAACGAAACCAUUACUAUAAGCUUAACAUAUUCUGCUUUUGUAAAAUGAUCAAAACAAGGGCCUAGACCAGUCUGUUUAAGGUCCCUAUUUCUGUGAUGUGUGUACUAGUUUAACAUGGUAGUUUUAUCAGGUAUAUGUCACAGUUUCGUGCUAAUUUCCACAAGGGAAGAUGAUAUGGAGUUAUUUGGUAACGAGGCGCUGCAUGCUUACUGCAUCUGGGUUUUAAUUUUUUUAUUGUUAUUCUCUGAACACUGGUAAUUUCAUGUGGAUAAUUUUCUAAUUAGCACAUCCAAUUAUAUCACUACUCUGAAAUAGUAAUUCUUUUAAAACUAGCAGUUUCAAGGCAUACCUUUUGAAAUCUUUAAUUGUUUAUAUCAAUGCAAUUCAGGAAUGAAUGGAUAUGUUAUUGAGAAAUACAAUUUAUUUUAAAGUUUGUCAAAGUCUUCAAGAGCAGGGGAUAAUAAAAAGUUUCUACUAACAAAGUUCACCUGGGAUGGGAGAAAAAUAAUCAUCCCCUACCAUAAGGGUGUAACAGAAAUCUUCAACCCUUGGGUUGAUUUUCCUUUGGCUGUCUCACCCUCGGCAGAGCCUCGGGUUAGACAACCAAAAAACAUCACCCCUCGGGUAGGAGAUUUCUCUAUCAUACCCUCAAGGUAGGGGAAGAUUCUAUUAAUCAACAGUGAGCAUGUCCUUUGUGAUUUAUUCAGAUUUGUAAAUUGGGACCUUUGGACCUAAAACAUACCACAUCCUUAAUACUUGUAAAAUUUUAAUCAGCAGAGCAAUUUAAGGUCCUUUGGGCCUCUUGCUUGUAUUAAAUAAUAUUCAACCAGUUGACUUGUGCCUAAUAUCGAAAUAAGACAUUGAUUUAUAAAUAGUAUAUGUCUUAUCUUAAAUCAAGCAUUCCUAUCUUUUCAUGUGUCAGAGGAGUAGAAUUUUAUGCUAGGUUUUUGUAUGGAACAAAGUUCAUUGUCCAGAAUUGUGUUGGUGCUUUUAUGUGUGUGAGCCUGAUUUUAACUUGCCAUUUUAUUUGAAUUCAAACUUUCAUUUUGAGAACCAUGUGGUCAUCUUGUAUGGGGAAAACUUAUGUUUUUUCCUUUGUAUUCUUUUAAUGGCACUGUCAUAUUUUUGGAGUGUGAAAAAAAUGGGGUAUUAAUAACCAAUGUCAUGCACCAUGUGAUGUCCGUGUCAAAUUAGAUAGUAUACAUCAUCUUUGUGUAGGUAUCUGAUCAGAAUCACACUAAAAAUGAAAGUCCAAUUGGAAUACACAUUUGUAUCAGUUUAGUUUAAUCCUGCCACCUUUUUCAUCUUCAUGAAAACAUGUAUCAGACUUAUUUGCAUAAAAGGAUUGUAAGGCAUUCUUGCUUAAAUUCACUAGCACACAUAUAUAUGUUAUAUCCUAGACAUGAAUGGUUUAUAGGGACAUGACUGGUGUGAAGUUGGUGUUGUUAUGAUUGAUAGAUUGAAGAAGAGUGUCGCGCUACAUUUCUACUUCAUUAUAUAGAAGUCUGGGGAUCAAAUCCUUGUAGUGGAAGCAAGACUUUUUUUUAAUAGUGAAAAAUAAAAUAAUAGUAAAUGUAAAUUCUUUUUGUACAUCACAAUUUGCAUUAGUAACUGGACAAACAACUCCUAGUCAGAAAAAUGCCAAACAAAAUGGAAUUCUUCUAUGAUGGAGAAACCACACAAAGUGCAGGGGACACUCUUCCUUAAACUCACAAUAGCCUGAUGUUGAAUGUCAACAAAUGUUUCUGAUGUUAAACAAUCAUUACUUUGUUUUUUAUAGAUUACACAGAAAUUGGAAUAAAAUAUAUAAGCUGUUCAAACUCUAUACUGCACAGAGUAGGUGACAAGGGGGAUAACUCUUCUGUGAUGGAACAGUGUCGAUAGCUAGUAUUGUUUUAGUAUAAACAUAGCAUAAUUAUGUUCACAUGAAGGCCAACAAAAAUCCUUACGUUUGUUUUUUUGUGUCAGGUAUGUUCAAAAUGUACAACAAACUCGUAUUAAACAUUAACAAUUGACCAGCAAACACUGUUGCUCAUCAUUUCUAUUUUAAACUCUCAUAUGUAUCUACAAUGUAGGUCAUCGAUAGUAUAUACUCAGCAGAAGCACCUGUCACAAUUAAUCAAUGAACACUAAUUGGUAAUAAAUCUGUUUUAAUACUGUAGUAUCUAUCCUGCAAUAACAUAAACAACUUUCCUAAUAUAAAUGAGGUGAAGUAUUGGUGGAAUUAAAGGAGUGUUGUGAGCACAGAUGUACAGAACACAUGUGUAUUGGAGGUGGAAUAUUAGUCAAAUGUGAUAUAAAGUCUGAACAUCUGUGACUGAUGAAUUUGUUUAGUGGCGAGAAUUUUACAUUUCCUUUAACAAUUUGAUACUAGUAUUUAACUACUGUGUAAUGUUUCAACCAAAUACAUUAAAACCAGUAGCUGUUGGUUUGGGAGGAAGGACAUGGCACAGUACAUUAAUUUCUGACAUAAAGUAAAUCAAUUUAUAGUUCCACAAGCUGGUACAGUAAGUAUAAGGAAUCAAGGUCAGGUGUAAGCUUGUACCAAUGUGUCUGAUUAUGUGUAACAGAUAUAAAUGGUCUUGAUCAAGUGUAAGCUUAUAUGUAGUACCAAUGUGUCUGAUACAUGUACAAUAGGUAUAAAUGGUCAUGAUCAAGUGAAAGCUUGCUGUACCUGUGUUCAAUAUGAAAUGUUGGGAUUUACAUGUGGCUUUACUUGCUUCAAUGAUGAGUUUAUAAAUUUCGGUUUUAUAAUUAAUCUAUGCUGUAUCAAAAUUGCCAUUAUUUUCAUAGCCACUGAAGAUUUUGUUCCCCUUUUUGAAUUUUCAGAAAUUGUUAUGAAUUUUGAAAUAUUCAUAUGGUGUAUCGUUGUGGCAUUCCAUAAGAUAAUCAGUUGUGUAUUGAAAGAUGAACUGUAUUAGGAGAUCAUCUUGUCUAUGUAUACAUACCGGUAAACGAUUCUAAGAUGAAUUGUAUUAGGAGAUCAUCUUGUCGAUGUAUACAUACCGGUAAACGAUUCUAAGAUGAAUUGUAUUAGGAGAUCAUCUUGUCGAUGUAUACAUACCGGUAAACGAUUCUAAGGUGCAGAAUAAAUACUGUUGCAAGUUUU